AAAUUGUAGCCGUGGCCUUCUACUGCUUGAGGCUCAUAGCCAACUGUUAUUGCUUCGCCUGUGUGGUCUCACAGUACCAGGAGCUGUCUGAGGGCAGGGGCACCUAUGAGUUCCUCUAUAAACCUCGUCGUCGUCACAUGGGGAGAGGAGGCCAGGGUGCUCCCAUGUCCGACCUAGAGGAGUACAACCCUCCUUACGGGGCCACGCUCCCGCCGUACAGUGUGGAGAACCCCUACAAGGAGUACUCUCCGCCCACCUACGAGAACCUGGCCAUUGACUAUGAGGAGAUUGACACUGUGGGCAUGGCUAGCCCGGUGGGUGGGCCGCGCAGGCUGCAGGCAGCAACGUCCGCCUCGUACCUAGCAGAUGUUGUAGUGAGUCCCCCUCCUCGGGAAUUUCGUAAUGUUGUGUCAGAUGGUGAGAACAUAGAGAGUGACCACGGCGGUAGUUUUUCUGGUGUAGACGACCCUUCGACGUCAUCGUCAUUUUCUGCUCGCCAUCUACGACAAGCGAGUGCUUUUUCAGAUCUGGCAAAUGUGGAGGUGUCUGUCAUAGAUCUACGGAACUUGUACCCUUCUCAUUCCAUGGAAGAACUGCAACAUCCCCAGCAUCAUCAUCAUCAGCUUCAUCAUCAUCGUCAUCAUCACCAUCAGUUCCGUGAGCAUCAGGAUCAUCACAGUCGUCAUAAUUCUCACCACAACCGCCACCGUCACCAGCGUCACUGCAGCCUUGACGACAGUCGGCAGGGUAGUCACUCGCAUCAUCGACACAGUUUGGACGCUGGUUCUGCCAUAGCUGUGACAUCAUCCUCUGCAUGUCUGCUGGAGAGCAGUGGUCAGUCUGUUGAUGGUGACAGCGGUUACAGAAGUCGACAGUCUCCCUCACAGCUCAGGAAUUCAAAGACGGUUCCUAUUUCUCCUCUGACCAUCCAGAAGCGGACUUAUAUCACGUGGAUUUAGUUCACACAUCGCCCCUUGCUUGCUGGGCCAAGCGAUGUGAAUAGUAAUGACCGUCCUGCCUACAACUUGCUGAACAAAAUGAGGAUGAUAUGCAUAUCUAUGUGGGAUAUGUAUGCAUAUGUUGAAUGUUCACUUCAGGAACUUAAAAAUAUCUCUUAAUGAAAUGUGUAUGAGUUAUAAGUGAUAUAUUCUCCCUUUGUAUGCCUUUAAAUUUGGAUGCCAGAUUCAACUACAAAGUUGACAGUCUUGUGCUGCACAAUUUCUCGUGGAGAGACUCGGAGCUUUGUCAAACCCAAAGAUUUGAAUUACGAUAUCCUGGACUGGGCACCACUCUUUGCUGUCUAUAAAAUUUUUUGCUGCGCUGGUGCGUACCAUGGAUGCACAAAUAAAAGGGUAGAACUAAAGAUCGUACCUAACAAGAUAGUUCACUCAGCCAGAAAAGUGUACACGGAAGUCCAUGCAUUGCUUCAGAUGGCGCUGCAGUCUUUGUUUUGAAGCUCUCUUUCGUUUCUCCAGAAGAAGAAUUGGAAUAGU